AUGGCAUCAGAACUGCCUACAUCGCAAUCCGUCGGUUUGCAUAGGAAAAUCUUCCAAGAACUGGGUCUUGUUUCACUAUGGCAGUCCUCUCUUGACGUGAAGCUUCUUUGCGCUCAGCGCUUUGUUCGGCUCUUUGCCUAUGGAGGUUCAACGUUGAUUUUGGCUUCCUAUCUGUCGAACCUGGGGAUCUCCGAUGAUCGUAUCGGCCUCUUCAUGACACUGACCUUGUUCGGAGAUGUCGUUAUCAGCUUUGGGCUUACGCUCUUUGCAGAUGCAAUGGGCCGCAAGGCUGUUUUGGCCCUCGGAUCCUUACUGAUGAUCGGCAGUGGGAUUGUCUUUGGGUUCUUUGGCAAUUUCUGGAUCCUCCUCGCGGCAGCAGUGUUGGGAGUCAUCAGUCCGAGUGGCAAUGAAAUUGGGCCAUUCCGGGCAGUUGAAGAAUCCACGCUAGCUCACCUGACUCCCCAUGAACUUCUGAGUGACAUCUUUGUGUGGUACUCUCUCAUCGGCAAUGCAGGCACUGCCCUCGGAAUGAUGGUCUGUGGUUGGAUCCUCAACCUGCUGCAGACCUCCAAAGAUUGGCAAUUUGUUCCAGCAUGCCGAAUCAUCUUUUUCGGAUAUGCCGGAGUGGGCGCGAUCAAAUUUUUCCUUUCUAUCAGUCUGAGCGCCAAAGUCGAAGCGGCCAAAAAGGAGAAAGGUCGUGCCUCUGUUUCCCAAGAGCCGGAGCAACAGCAAGAAACGAAUAGCUCUGAAACCCAGCCACUUCUGGGUGAAACCACAAAUGUCGAGAUCGAACAAAAGAAAUCAUUCUUCUCCUCCAUUGGGGACAAUGAUCUUAUCCUGUUGGUCCUCAGACUCUUCGUCCUGUUCGGUCUUGACUCGUUUGCCUCUGGGCUGGCUUCGCUGUCUUGGAUGACAUAUUUUUUCAAGCGCAAAUUCUCCCUGCCAGAGGGGGAGCUUGGCUCAAUCUUCUUCACCACAAGUCUGAUUUCUGCCGCGUCCAUGUUGGUAGCAUCUUCGAUUGCCAAGCGCAUUGGCAAUGUCAAGACCAUGGUCUUCACCCAUCUUCCCUCCGCCAUCUGCCUGGCUCUUAUUCCAGUUCCGGCUGCGCUGCCAGCCGCCUUGACAUUCCUGGUCCUCCGCGCAUGCUCGCAGAAUAUGGACGUUGCACCGCGCUCUGCCUUUUUGGCUGCUGCUCUUCCGCCUGAAAAGCGCACUGCCAUUAUGGGAGCCAUCAAUGUGGUCAAGACGUGCAGCCAGAGUUUUGGGCCGCUGAUCACUGGUAUCCUGGCUAAGCAUGAUCUCUUUGGGGCGUCCUUUACGCUGGCCGGUAUAUUGAAAGCAAUAUACGAUAUCGGCAUGCUCAUGAGUUUCGCGGGAAAGGAGCCAGCCCGGUCUAGGAUGACGAGUCCAGGGGAUGCUUGA